ACAUAAAGGCCGUUUUCCACUAGGCGAAUUUAUUCGCGCGAAGCGACUUUUUUCGAGCAUACGCAUGCGUAUUUAAAUUCUCGCACAGAAGCUCAUUCGCGGUGACUGUUCGCAGCAGCGAAAAAGUGAGUUCGAAUGGAUUCAACUUUUUCGCGGCGAAGAAAGGCGCAAGCCAAUUAAUUUGCUGGAAGCCUGUCAUGUGACAUCCAUGACCAAAAGUCGCGCCAAAACAACAGCAGCAGGAAGAAAACAUGGCUGCAAUGACACUGAAUCUCUUAGAACAAAUGAUGGCAAAUGGAGACAUAACUGUGGCUGACCUUGCCAGUUUAGCAAAUACCAACAGUCAACAGGAACUCUACAACCACGAAGACAAUGCUGCCACGCCAGGCUCCGUUGAUGAGACAGGUUUUGAGGAGACAGAGACGAUCGUCUCUGUUGUCACCACCACCCCCGAGAACAACCUACAAGGCCUAGACCAGUACAAUGGCGAAGAACUACUUGCAGCUGAAUUCGACAAAGAAGUAUUUUUGGAAGAAGUCCGCAAGUACAGAUGUUUGUGGGAUAUUGCUUCCGAAGGAUACAAAAUUAGGCCCAUGAAGCAAAACGCAUGGUCAAAAAUAGGCCAGUUAUUCAACAAGGACGUGGAAUUUCUUCAGAGGCAUCUAAAAAAUCUAAAGGACAACCUGAAAAAAUGUUUGGACAAGAGGAACCGGAUGACUAGGUCUGGUGCUGCUGCAAGUUCAUUGCCUAAAUGCAAGUACUUUGAACAAAUGAGAUUUCUGCAUGAAAAAACAGCAAACAGGCCCACAGAAAGCAACAUUAUUCAAGCUGAAACAGCUUUGCAGUCUGAAGAUGUUUUGGACGGCCCAUUAGCCCCUCAGAUAUCAGUAAGGCCAGUUGUUCUGAGUGGUACAAAAAGGAAGGCAAGUGACACACCAUCCUCUUGUGGUAGUCAAGGGUAUAAGAAUCGUCAAGAAAGAUUUGAUAAUGCAAUCCUGAAAGAAUUGGAAUCCACAAAUAAUGCAAUCAAGUCAGUUGUCACUACUGAUAAUGAGGAUGAAGUUUCUCUGUAUUGCAAAAGCAUCAUUCCAAUAAUAUCAUCUUUUUCAAUUAAAAAGAAACGAUUAGCUAUGAUCAAAGUCAGCCAACUGUUGUUUGAACUUGAGUUUGAACAUGAAUAAUAUUAUGUAAGUUUAACUUUUUAUGGAUAUGUAACAUUUUUAUUUUGAUGUCUAUACACAUUUGUAAUUCUGUUCUUA